AGCACCAGCGAGCAGGUUGGGCAUCCUCUUAGUUUUGGGGGCCUCAAGCGCUAGAGGAGAAACCCGCCUUAUUCCCUACCGUCGUGGGAUGGGGGUUGGCCACUUUAGAAGGCUUUUACUUGUUGUAAAACAUACGCCUUAUGAAAUGUAUUUGCAAAUGAAGUCUCAAGGCAAGGCACCGCUGGCAUUACGAUGGGAGCGCUUAAAGCAUCGUCAUCAAGUCCAUAAGGAAUGUGUCCAGGAUUUGAGCGAUCUGCUGCGCCGCAUGGAUAUGGACUUCUCUAUGGUUGGACGAGAAGAAUUGGACCGACAGCACCUGAAAAACGUUGACUUGGUGGUUGCGGUUGGUGGGGAUGGUACAGUACUAUCUUGCUCUCAUUUUUUGGAUGAUACAAUCCCCCUACUUGGCGUAAACAGCGACCCUUCCCGGGACGACGAGAAAAAGGUCAAUAAAAAGCUCGAUGAACGUCGAAGCUUUGGAGCCCUUUGCGCAUGUACAGCGUCUAAUAUGUUUGAGGUCAUUCCUGACAUACUUCAUGGGCAGAAUCAAGCGGGCAGGCGGACACGCAUACAAACCGUUGUGCGCGAUGCUUUGAAAGAGACUAAGCUACCUCCGGCCUUAAACGAUAUUCUCGUUGCUCAUCCUAUUCCUGCCGCCGUUUCUCGUUUUCGCUUAGGAUUCUUGAACAGUGCAGGAGAUGAAACGUCCCAUUUUAAUGUAUGGUCCAGCGGUCUUUGGAUCUCGACUGCUACCGGCUCCUCUGCAGCCAUGACAGCAGCCGGUGGCGUGCUUAUGGACCUGAAAUCAAGCGAGUUGCAAUAUAUGGUCCGUGAACACUUACUUGAGGCCGGUGGAGAGCAUCUAGAAAAGGAAGGUCAUGGUAUGCUCCAGCCAGGCAAUACUUUGCAAAUGCGCUGGAAUUCUCAGCAUGGCUGCGUUUAUGUUGAUGGCAGCCAUGUGCGUCAUAAUUUACAAUUGGGAGAUACUGUUAGUUUGUCGGCGGAUGCGCCUCCAAUUUGG